GAGGCUUCUGCCUGUUUGGCUAUGUCGCCGCUCUGAGCUGCCUGUUGACUCACAUGAAGGGGCGAAUCGCUGGUGAGAAUGAGCGAGCGCUCACAGCACGGAUGCAGAAUGCCCUGGGUCCGGAGCGGUCCCUCGAGCUUCUUUUGGAAAGCUCGCCCUGGAAUCUGUCCUCAGCCAAGCUUGGCUUGGAGCCUCCAAAGGCAGUGCUGGCUCCAGUUGACCUGGAACCGUGGGCUUGGCAACCGCUGCCGCAGGCCUCCAAGAUGCAAGUUGCCAAGGCCUGGGCUUUGCUGAGCCAAGCACUCGUGGCUUCUGUUUUUACCAGCUUCGUGAUACUGCAUGCGAACUCGUGGAGUCCAGAAGUCAUAAGUCAACAGGAGCCACCCGUGUUCCGUCUGGCCGUGGUCGGCCACCAUGCCGGCAUGUCCUUGGAAAGUGGAGCUGAGGAGCCGGCAAUGGUCAUUGCUGGCGUCUUGGCAGAGUUGGCUGAGGAGGAGAAGCCGCUUCGCAGAGAUGGGCUCCAAAUCGAGUUCUUUGGUCAGUAUUACUCCUGUGAGCUGCUGGGGCGCUGCGACCAGGACUCGCUACAGGAACUCUUUCGGCAGUGGAUGUUUGAUGAGAGCGUGCGGAAGGACACGACGUUUGCAACAGAGACAUGGAACUCACCUGACAUGAGCGUGGCCGCGUCAAAGAAGGUAUUCAAGUCAGAAGCUCAUACUGCAAAUAGCAUGUGGACCAUCUUCACUCUGCGCACCUCUGGGCACUCUGAACUCCACGGAGGCGACUGGGCCGGAGCUGUCGGUGUGGCCGGAGCUGCGGCGAGCGGUGGCCGCGGCCACCGCCUGGGUCUGCACCGGAAUCUGGCCUCUCUGUUGGAUGCUUCAGCAGCUCUCGCGGCAGCCACCUGGCCCGUAUUUCACUACAUGGUGAACUGGUUGGUUGGCGAGCACACGCCUACCGAAUCUAGAGUGUGUUUGCCCGCACAGUUCGAGGAGUGGCACGUCGCGCUCAUCGCUGAAGCUGCGCGGCUUGGAGGCGUCGCUUGGCUGCGCCCGGAGAGCAUUCAGAGCAGCAAACACCACUUCUGCACGACAGCUUGGGCUCGGCUUUCCAUCGACAUCUCUUACCUGGUGGGCCUCAAGGUGCCUCAUGCUGCCACAGUCGGGUGGCACACAGCACUCCACGCAGGACCCGGUCUUCGCUGGGCCUGGCGGCCUGGGCACCCCGCUCGAGCGGCUGUGCCGCGCAAUGUUCUCACCCGACGAAUUCAAGGUCAGCUCUUCAACGCAAUGUUUGGGCAUUUCAACCGCUUGCCAUGGGUCAAGGACGCUGCCGUGCCAGUGGAAGUCGAUGUUUGGCAAGGAGGUCUCGAGAGCAUCAAUCGCGGUGCUGGCGAUCCGUGGCAGGGCCAGGUUCGCGGCAAGAUCUGGUGGAGUGAUGCUGUGAAAUACAUGGCAGCGAUCUACCUUGCAGGCGACAUCACGCUGCUAACCUUCUCAGAGCUGUACUCCUUGCAGGUGGCCGCAUGA